GAGGAGCUUGCAGCGAUAAGAUUCACUACACGCGCCAUCAGCAUCAAAAACUUGCAGUUUAUCCAUCUGUCCUCAUCUCUCUCCAGCGCACUUGUUUUUGCGAACACACACGGGCGUCUUAAUUAGUUUUCCUCCCGUUGGAAGGUGCGCAGGUGCAUCCCACGGCUAUUACUCGCUCCCUGCUUAGUUGAUUAUGGUCACAACCCCCGCGGUGCCAAGGUGGAGUCACCGCGCGUAUCUCGGAUCGGUGCGCUUCUCCAGGGGAUGGGAUGCGCACCGGGCACCUCUCGCUUCCUGCCUAGUUUUGGGUCUGGGCAGGAGUCAAGCGCUGCCCCAGGGCGCCGCAGCAGGAGGACCCAGUCGACCCGGAGCAGGAUGCCGGUGAUGAGAGGGCUGCUGGCCCCACAAAACACAUUCCUGGACACCAUCGCCACCCGCUUCGAUGGCACCCACAGCAACUUUGUUCUGGGAAACGCCCAGGUGCAGACGCUCUACCCCAUCGUGUACUGCUCCGACGGGUUCUGUGAGCUCACGGGUUACGCCCGCGCCGAGCUCAUGCAGAAGAGCUGCGCUUGUCACUUCCUGUACGGCCCGGAAACCAGUGACCAGUUAACGGCCCAGAUCCAAGGAGCCCUGGACGAGAGGAAGGAGUUCAAGACCGAACUGGUCUUCUACAAGAAGGAAGGUGCACAGUUCUGGUGCCUUCUGGACAUUGUACCCAUCAAGAAUGAAAAGGGGGAAGUCGUUCUGUUCCUCGUGUCCCACAAAGACAUCACGGACAAGAAGAAGGACCAGGAUCCUGAACAUGGGCCUGACACAGACGAGGAGACGGGUCUGAAGGUGCAUCAGGUGACUCGCCCGCCAGGUUUCAACACCAACCGGCGCCGCAGCAGAGCGGUUCUCUAUCACCUGUCGGGACACCUGCAGAAACAAGACAAGAGCAAACUGAAGCUCAACAAUAACAUGUUUGGGGAGAAGCCUCCCAUCCCAGAGUAUAAAGUAGCAGCCAUCCAGAAGUCUCGCUUCAUCCUGCUCCACUAUGGAACCUUCAAGGCCGGCUGGGAUUGGUUGAUUCUGCUGGCGACCUUCUACGUGGCCGUCACUGUGCCCUAUAACGUGUGUUUCACUGUGGUGGGGGGGCGGGAUGAAGGAAGCAGCACCGCCCCACGAAGCCCGCCCAGCGUCAGCGACAUCCUCGUGGAGAUCCUGUUUAUUUUAGACAUACUUCUCAACUUUCGAACCACUUUUGUGAGCACGUCAGGUCAGGUGGUGUACGACGCCCGCUCCAUCUGCGUGCACUACGUCACCACCUGGCUCUUUGUCGAUCUCAUCGCCGCCCUGCCCUUUGACCUGCUGUACGCGUUCAACGUCAGCGUGUACUUUGGCGUCCACCUGUUGAAGACGGUUCGGCUGCUGCGGCUGCUGCGGCUGCUGCAGAAGCUGGAGCGAUACUCGCAGUACAGCGCUGUGGUUCUCACUCUGCUGAUGUCCAUGUUCGCCCUGCUGGCCCACUGGAUGGCCUGCGUCUGGUACUUCAUCGGUCGCAAGGAGAUCGAAAGUCCUGGCUCCUGGGAUAUUGGUUGGCUCCAUGAGCUGGCCAAGCGUCUGGGGACCCCCUACUUCCUGCCCCCGCUGACCACGCUGUUCUCCGCCACAGUCAGCAACCUCCCGGCCAACAGCAGUCAGUGGAACGUGUCGGGGUCAGAGGUCAGAGCGCAGGGCUCCUGGAACUCCAGCCACUAUAAUGGAAACAUGUCUGGAGGCGAGGCCGUGUCGGGGACGGGCACCGAGGGCGGGAGCUUCGGGGUGCUGGGUGGCGGACCGUCGAUGCGUAGCAGCUACGUGACAUCGCUCUACUUCGCUCUCAGCAGUCUCACCAGUGUGGGAUUUGGAAAUGUGUCAGCCAACACGGACUCAGAGAAGAUCUUCUCCAUCUGCACCAUGCUCAUAGGAGCGCUGAUGCACGCAGUGGUGUUUGGUAACGUGACGGCCAUCAUCCAGAGGAUGUACUCGCGCCGCUCGCUCUACCACACCCGCACCAAGGACCUGAAGGACUUCAUCCGGGUGCAUCGGCUGCCCAAAGCUCUGGAGCAGCGCAUGCUGGAGUGUUUCCAGACCACCUGGUCGGUCAACAACGGAAUAGACGUCAAUGAGCUACUGAAGGACUUCCCGGACGAGCUGAGGGCCGACAUCGCCAUGCACCUGAACAAGGAGCUGCUGCAGCUGCCCCUGUUCGAGUCGGCCAGCAGGGGCUGCCUGCGCUCCCUCUCCCUCAUCAUCAAGACCUCCUUCUGCGCGCCGGGCGAGUUCCUGAUCCGCCAGGGAGACGCCCUGCAGGCCAUCUACUUCGUCUGCUCGGGCUCCAUGGAGGUCCUGAAAGACAACACUGUGCUGGCCAUACUGGGUAAAGGAGAUCUGAUUGGCUCCGACUCCCUGACGAAGGAGCAGGUGAUCAAAACCAACGCCAACGUCAAGGCCCUGACCUACUGCGACCUGCAGUACAUCAGCCUCAAGGGCCUCCGCGAGGUCCUCCGGCUCUACCCCGAGUACGCCCAGAAGUUCAUCAGCGAGAUCCAGCACGACCUCACGUACAACCUGCGAGAAGGCCACGGGGCUGACGUGGACUGGGAGAGUAACGGCGGUCUGAUGAAGAAGCUGCCGUCGAUCCGUGAGGAUGAGGAGGGCGGCGAGGAGCAGAACUCCGUGUCUCGUGCUCCUCGCUCCCCGCUGCGUCUCAGCAGGGGGCUCAACUCGCCGCUGCGCUCCCCUCUCCUGCCGCCCAGGCCAUUCCGCGCUCCCUCCGAGCACAUCCGCCCCUCCACCCUACAGAUACCUGUGGUCAGCUUCUGCAGCGUGCCGCCUGAACUCAGCCCCAGAUUCGUGGACGGCAUCGAAACAGAGAGUAACUCCACAUCCUCACACAAGUUCGAGUUCAGUCCCAGCAUGUCGCCUGCAGCAUCGCCCUCCCCUUACCCAGGGAACCGAGAGCCCUCUGAGAUCAAGCAGAGUGUGUGUAAACUGACUGAAGAGAUGAGCAGCCUCUCUAAACAAGUCUCCAUGCUCAGUCAGGAGCUGCAGGAAAUAACACGCCUGCUCAAGCCCCUCCUCCAAACAUCACCGCAGCCAAUCCUGAUGACCAUGAUGCCAAAUUUAACCCUGCCCCCUAGCAGCAGUGCCAGCCAGCUAUCAACCAGCACCUGCCUCGUGCUGCCCCGCCCCGCCACACCUUGUCCCCUCCAGAGACCUGAAACUCACUCCCUGUUGGACAGUGGAGACAUAGAGGGGGUGGACCUGCCAGGAUGUCUUCUCCCAACUCCUCCUUCACCGAAAAGGCUUAAUUCAUCUUCUUCACAGCUCCCGUCCAAACCCCCAGGUGUCAACAUGAAGUCCCCCACCCAGUCCAACCCCCCCUCCCCUGAGGAAGGACUUCUUGAGGAUGACCUCCACCCCUCCCCCAGUAACGGGAUGUAUUUGCCCUCUCUGCAGGACCAGCCUCACACCCCUUCCCCGUCUCUCUCCUUCUCCAUGUCUCUCUGCUCCUCGCCAUCCCUUUCCCCCUGCCAAGGCCCCCACCUGUCCAGACCUGGCAGCUGUGCCAGCAGAGGCCUGCUCCCCCCGACUCCCUCCCAGGACACCCCUCCUCCCCCGUUCUCCCACUGCUCAGCUCCCCCGUCUCUCACAUCCUCCCCCGGAAAUCAUCAGCUGAGGCCUUCCCCUUCCGUUCCUCUCAUAUCCCCCCUCCACCCCUCCAGCGCCCCCCUCCACCCCUCCAGCGUCUCCCUGCCCUCGUCUCUGGACUUUGUUAGUGUAAGGAGAAGGCGGGGGGACAUCCAGACUCCACCUUGGUGCAACUCACAGCUGCACCGCGGCGAGGCCGGCCCCGUCGCCUGUCCCCAGGAGCUGGAGAUGCAGGAGUGGGGACGACAGGUGGAGGAGGGGAAGUCGUCCACAGAGCACAUCAGCUUCAUCGAUGAAGAGGAGGAGCCGGCGCUAAUAACGGUUCCAACUGAGCAAAAGUGAGAGACGAGCAGCAGAGAACACAAGAGACGGAGAAGACGGUGAAGGCUUGACGGUGGAAACAGACCAGGUCCAUUUCACAAACAGGAAGUGAUUCAUCAGGCAGGAAAUGCUGAAAGGACAGACGGGUAAACAGAAACACACCUGGGGGGCCGAGACAUAAAGCCAGCUGUCAGCAAAUCAGUGUGAAAGAAUACUUCUGCGCUGAUCGACCACAGAACUACAACAGCACAACUUGUCUUACAGCAUCAACACUUCAGUAGCAUCAGUGCCCCCCCGCAGCUCCUGGGACACAUAUUGUCUGGAGCUCAUUAUACAACAGUUGCUUUUUACACACCAACACGUUCGCGGAUGACCCGAGCCCCCGCACUGGGAAUGUAAAACUCCUCAUUCAGUUUGCUUCACCAUUUUGUAUUUUAUUUAAAAUGUUAAAUGAGGAAAACACUCGUCGAGCAUCUCUUCAGUCGUUCACAUCAUUCAUGUACAACAACAACAACAACAACAACAACAACAACAACAACGAAUUGGUUUUAACGUUUAACACAAAUGUUUUGUCUGUAAAAGAAGUUUGAAGAGCAGACGAGGAUGUGGAGGAGCAGGACUGCUUCUGUUCGCAUGCAGUGAAGCGUGUUGGGUUGUGUGCCAAAGACAAAACGCAAGAUUUAU